GUGGGUGACGUCAGGGCGACAUUUUAGAGCUCGCGGACAGUGGAGAUAGGGAGAUACGUGUGGUGAAAAUCUGUGGAUUUGUGACUGAAAAACCCUCAAAAUGGGGAGAUAUACGGUCCCUCUUGGGCUCCUUGUCGCUGUGGUUUCUGCUCAGGCCUUGGCAGGCAGUAUUAAUGUCCCGGAAGAUUCCAAGUUUGAGCCCAUGGUCGCUUUCAUGUGCAACAAGCCAGCCAUGAGACGGACGCCGGAGGGCUGGGCCAGGGAUGAGAAGACAGACUGCUUACAAGACUCUGUGGAGAUUUUAAAUUACUGUAAAAAGAUGUACCCUAACCAUGAUGUGACGAAUGUUGUGGAGGCUAACUAUGUGGUGACCAUUGAGGACUGGUGCUCUGUAGGCCACAAGCACUGUCAUUCUCACGGCUCUCACACCGUCCGCCCAUUCCGAUGUCUGGUUGGAGCCUUCCAGAGCACGGCCUUGCUGGUACCUGAGCACUGUCGUUUCGAUCACUAUCAUGAUACGGGGUUGUGCGAGCGAUACGACUGGUGGAACAGCACCAGUUCCGAUCGCUGUAAGAAGGAUGACAUGAUCUGUCAGAGCUUUGACAUCCUCCUCCCGUGCGGAGUGGAUCGCUUUAGCGGCGUUGAGUUUGUCUGCUGUCCUAAAGAUGUCCAACACAAACCCAAGGUGUCUAUUGAUGUGCAUGUGGACCAUGUGGAGAAGCCAGCUCAGGAGAAUUCCAGCAAUGAUGAUGAGGAUGACGACGACGAUGAAGAAGACGAAGAUGAUGACAAUGACAGUGAGGAGGAGGAGGCGGCAACUGCAGCCCCCAUAACCCCAGCCCCAGAGGUUCCAGAGGACGGACCCUACAUGAAGUACAUUAGGAACCAGGAGAUUGAAGGUGCUGAGACUGAGCAUGAGCGUUUUACUGCUGCCAAGAAGGAUUGGCAAAAACAUCACCAUGAAAAAAUCACCAAGAUGAUGAAGCAGUGGUCUGCAGCCCGGCAGAGAAUAGCUGACCUCAAAGAUUCUGACCCCAAAACUGCUGAGAAACUUAACAAGGAAAUUACAGAGAGGUUCCAGAGGAUGUACCACGCCCUGGAGCAAGAAGGUAAUGCAGAGAAACAGCAGCUGGUCACCCUGCACCAGCAGCAUGUCCAGAAGAUUCUCAAUGAGAAAAAGCGUGUGGCCAUGCAGGACUACAUGGAUGAACUGCAGCUGGACGAGCCACAGACGUCUCGUGUACUGGAUGGCUUACAGCGAUACAUCAAGGUAGAGGAGAAGGAUAGGCGUCAUACCCUCAACCAUUACCAACAUGUCCGAGACACCAACCCAAUGGAAGCUGAGCGCAUUCGUGAGCUGACCAUUGACCACCUGGACUGGAUUGACAAACGCAUCAACCAGAGUGUCAAGAUGCUGUCUCGCUUACCAGAGAUCGAGGAGAAAGUCAAGCCAGAGAUCAUGAAAUUCCUGCGUACAUACCAGGGCAUUAACAGUGAUGUGGCCAAGUCUGUGCUCAGUCCAGUUACUGAAGAUGAAACAAAGAAGGCUGCACCAAAAUUUGAAGCUGACAACAUUCCAAAAACUCCAGAGCCUGCCCAUCGUGAGGAGACUAGUCAGGAGGAGGAGUCUAAGCCUGCUGUGGAGGUCAAUGUGGAGCAGGUGGACCCCGAGCCUAAGACUUACACAGACAAGGACACUGUGGUGGAGACUGAACACCAGUAUUUUGAUGUUAAGCCUCAUUUCGUCGCACACAAACUUGAUGACAAAGUCUCGGUUCAGAGCUCUUACAGACACGUUCGGGAGAGUGUGAGCUAUGGGCCUAGUUUCGGUAUUGCCAUGGGCAGCGUAGCUGUAUUUGUCAUUAUUGUCGUGGCUGUGGUCAUGUUACGUAAGCGCUCACACCGACAGUCUGUCACCCAUGGGUUUGUGGAGGUGGACCCUGCAGCCUCACCGGAGGAGCGACAUGUGGCCAAUAUGCAGAUGAACGGUUAUGAGAACCCCACAUACAGAUAUUUUGAGAUGGCCCAUUAGUCGUCGGAAUGUGGUCAUUCCAAUCAGAGACCUCUAUCCGUUCAGUCUACUAGCUUACCCUGUUGUGUGGCCUUCCCUUUAACAUGUGACACGCAGACUCAUGCAGUUAGGCCAGUGUCUAGUGUGACUCAACUCUGCUACCUUCGUACCAAGUCCCAUUUUGGUUGGUGUUUUUAGCCCUCCAGUUUUAAGUCUCUGAUUGGCCCUUAAGAGGGACCUGAACUUUUUCCACUUGAGCGCCACCUUGUGGCCUCCACAUGGUUAUUUCAGCUUUAUACUUGCUCUUGAUUGACCUGAUGCAGCUUCAGGUGUCUGUUCCACUGAUCUAUUGAAAUUGUCCAACUGAUUGAUGUUGUAGGUUAUUUUGGUAAAGAGUGAUUUGUCAGGGUUAAAUUUUGGGACAAGUGUUUUGAAGGAAAGGUUUUUCUUUCUUUUGUAUUUUAAUGAAUUUUGAGCUAAACUUUGAAAACUUUUGCUGAUGUCCUAACCUUAAACUAUGACCUUUUUUUUCUGCAUCAUCAAUUGGAACUUUCCUUGAACUAUAUCUUUAUUAUGGAAUGCUUGUACCUUUUUGGCUAGAAACAAACUAUCCUACUUAUUGUGCUUCUAUUCUUACAUUGAACAAUUAUGUACAGUUGAUGUAACAUUUUUAUUAGUGGAGUACAUUAAUGUCAUUAGUGAUAGAUCAUGUUGUAGUCAGAUUGUACAUGUACUUUGUAGAACAUAAUUGACAUACAGAAUCAACUUUUGUGUCUUUAUAAUGGCUAAGAUGACAAAUAUUUGCUGCUGUGUUACAGUGUACAAGAAUGAUUAUUGUGUUAAUCCACUAUUGUAUACUCUAGUCCGUUAUUCAAGUACCAGACUCGGAUGAUUAUGUGACUGUGUUUAGAUCGACAAGGCUAUGUCAGGGGCAGUAACCCUGUCAGAUGAGUAAUCUCCCCCUAAGAGCAGGUGAGGUGGGCACAGAAUCUGCUGUUGUCUUUCUGUUUUAUAUUUGUUUAGUUUUGAGUGAUUUGCCAUUUAAAACGGCUGUUUCGCCUGUGUUUUUUCUCCGUUGAAUGAUCAACACUUUUCUUUGUCUCCUUAAGUUUUCUCACAGCAUUUACAAUACAUCUUCAUGUAGUUAGGUUGUAUAUAGAAACAUUGUACGUACGUGUGCUGUUGGUGUGUCUUGUUCACCAUGUUGUCUGUUUUAGAUUGCUUGACCAGGGAGAGUCAGGUUAGCGUGUGUCUUUUUAAAUCAGAAGCUGCAGGUAUCUCCUGGUCUUGUGUCAGAAUUGAUGUACAGAAUUGUGGGCAUUCCUCAGGCUGUCUAUCCAGGUGUAGCCAGUAUUGUGGCUCUCCUGGUGGAUGUGACAGGACGGCCAUGGUUAGGUCAUUACUCUCGUUCAGCUCAUGAUCUACUGUCACAUAUGAGAAGGUUUUAGACUUCCAUUCCAUGUCUGUUGUGGUGAUAGCAGUUUCCGUUGCUGUCUGAUUGUUGAGCAUACGGUGAUGGUAGAGCCCAAAUCUGGUGAGCAUACUUUGCUAUGAUGCAAUCUACUGUUGACUUUGUCAGCGCUGAUGAGAGAUGUGUAGCCGUGUUUAGCCAGGCUGUGGUUCAUGGUUCCACCUUUGAUAUGACAAUUCUGCAGCUAAGGGCAGGUGGGUUCACAGGUAAAGUCAGGUGAUUCGCACACAAUUUAUUUAAUGUUUUUACCAUUACUAGGCAUGUGUAAUUUGUAAGAGCAUGUAAGGCAUGUAUCUAUCUUCCAAAAGCGGUCAGUCGGUAAAGACAUGGUAGUAUUCUGGCCAGAUUGUGUUCCCUUCUCUCGCCAGGAAUGAGCACAGUCACAGAGACAACAGACCAGUUCCACGCUUAUUUCCAGUGUUACUUCACUGCUGUGAAGUACACCUUACUCGUAACAGUAAGAAACAUUCCACAAGCUUUUUCUUUCUUUGGCUUUGCUGCAUUUGAUGACCGAUUGCUGGUCCAGGGUCCAGGUCUAAUACAUUGAACAGUACCAUGCGCACCCGUUCAGUUAUGGUGAUGGACAAGCAUAACUGGAGCUUUCUGACUUGCAGAGCCCUUAUUUAUUUUCCCUCAUUUCAAUGGUUGUGAUUAAGGUUUUCCCCUUGGUUGUUUAUGUGCUGCACACAAUUAGGAACUGAUCUGCUUGCUCUGGGCUGCAUCAGUCCUACACUUAGCCAGUCAGCAUUUUGUGACAACAUUUAUUAAUCUAACAAAAAUCCUGAUAUAUACAGUGAUCGUGUUUGUAUUUAGUAACAUGAUUUGUUUUACUGCCUGUUUAUAGUAUGGUGUAGUUUUGUGUACAUCAACAUUUUAAUAAACACACUCCAAAAAAUACAAA